AGCGGCGUUGAUUUCUGACGUUUUAUAAUGGGUAUAUCCUGGGGUUUGAAAAUUUGCGGAUACCUUUGUGGUGGACCACGAAAUGUUCGAUUUAUUGAUUAUGCGUGCAUGUCUCUGGAGACGUAUAUUUCGUUUUAUUUUAUUGUUUUGCUGGCUGUUAGAUAUGCAUGGUCACCUCAUCUUGCGCCUUGUUAUCUUCGUCGUUGGAAGUAGGUGUAGCUCGCUUGCUUUCCUUGUAUCUACUCCAGUGCAUCAUACAUACCCCUUUGGUUGUUCCUGGUUCGACGAUAAAAGUCAUCCUCAUUUUCUUCACCAACCUGGGGAACCACAAGAAAACAGCAGGUUGGUCUCCGGUACAUAUCACACCACCGCCAGCGCUCAAACAAACCUGAUCGAACUAAUGCACAUAAUUGACCACGUCCAUAUACACCUAGCCCACAUCUUCCCCGUCGUUGUCAGAGAACCCAUCGUGCCAAUCAGGUUGGAUCUCAUAAUUCCUCUCGUGGGGUUCCAGAUGGCCCCCACCGCCGGUAGAGAAACUUGACCACCGGGAAACUCAUCCAAGGGCUCCAGACAGAGCCUAUCGACAAACAGACAGAAGUUAUCCCCGGCCCCCAUGUCUACCGCGCAAUCUAAGCUGUGCUCACAGCUGAGGAAUCCUUGGAGAUC